AUGGAGGAGAGAUUCAGCGUGCUGUUUCAGUAUUUAAAGAUGCUUGAGUUGGAGGAGCCAAUUUCAAAUAUGAAGAUUAUUCAUGUUGCUGGUACUAAAGGGAAGGGAUCUACAUGCACCUUCACAGAAUCUAUAUUACGCAACUGUGGUUUUCGCACUGGGCUUUUCACUUCUCCUCAUCUAAUUGAUAUACGAGAAAGAUUUCGUUUAGAUGGUGUGGAAAUCUGUGAAGAGAAAUUUUUAGCAUAUUUCUGGUGGUGUUAUGAUAGACUAAAGGAAAAAACUGAUGACGGUGUUCCAAUGCCUACCUUUUUUCACUUCCUUGCUUUACUCGCCUUCAAGAUAUUUUCAGAAGAGCAGGUGGAUGUUUGCAUAAUGGAGGUUGGGUUAGGUGGCAAAUACGACGCAACAAAUGUGGUGCAAGCACCUAUUGUGUGUGGUAUAACUUCUCUUGGGUAUGACCACAUGGAAAUUCUUGGGAAUACACUUGGAGAAAUUGCCGGUGAGAAGGCUGGAAUCUUCAAGCAUCGGAUUCCUGCAUUUACGGUGACUCAACCUGAUGAAGCAAUGCAUGUACUUAUAGAUAAGGCUUCUCAGUUGAACGUACCUCUUCAAGUGACAGCCCCAUUAGAUGUCAAAUUAUUAAAUGGUUUAAAACUAGGGCUUGAAGGUCAGCACCAAUAUGUAAAUGCUGGUCUUGCUGUUGCAUUAUGCUCUACAUGGAUGAAUAUAAACGGACAUCUCGAAGAGACUCAUUUGAAAGAGAUUCAACACACUUUGCCAGAGCAGUUCGUAAAAGGUUUAGCAACUGCAAGUCUGCAAGGAAGGGCUCAAAUUGUUCGUGACGAACACGUCAACAAUGAAAUAUCAAAUGAACUUUUCUUCUUUUUAGACGGGGCUCAUAGUCCUGAAAGCAUGGAAGCGUGUGCAAGCUGGUUUUCUGUUGCAAUCAAAGACCAUAACCUGACCUUGUUUUCUCAGAAACCCGAUCCUUCCAAGUUCUCAAAUGAAGUGGUGAAGACCCACGGAGGUGAAGCACACAAAUCUGCACAGAUUUUGCUGUUCAAUUGCAUGUCUGUACGAGAUCCCCAGAUUCUUCUUCCUCAUUUGAUGAAAACUUGUGCUGAUCACGGUGUGUACUUCAAGAAGGCGCUAUUUGUACCUGGUUUAUCAUUGUACCACAAAGUUGGAUCCCAUGCUUUAACACCAACUGAUUCUAACAUUGACCUGUCAUGGCAGUUUACUCUACAAAAAGUAUGGGAAAAUCUCAUGCAAGGGAACAAAGGCAAGAAUAACGGCGUGGCUUCUGAAGAUUUAACUGGUAUGGAAUUAAGUGUCAGCAAUUGCGAACACAGUGCAGUGUUUUCGUCAUUGCCGCUGGUUAUCAAUUGGCUUAGGGACAGAGUGCAACAAAGCCAGUCAACUCGCUUCCAGGUCCUUGUAACUGGUUCCAUACAUCUUGUUGGUGACGUGUUGAAAUUAAUCAAGAAGUGA